AUGGAUUUUAUAAAAGGAAUCAUCCCUUCAUCAUUUUUCUCCUCGAUUACUUCUGUCACCAACAAUAAACAACUCACCCAAGAUGAUUUCACUGCUAUUUGGGUCUCCUCUGAACUCCCACAAUCUACACAAACUUUGAUUAACCACUUUCCUUCUUUCUUUACAGCUCUUGCUUUUGCAAUUGGUAGUUUGAAAUGGACUGAGCUAACUCAACCCAGUUAUUACUCUGUGCUAUAG